AUGUCCCUUCGCGCCCCGAACGUCAUGCGAUGGACCCGUCUUAAGGACGAAUGCUUGGAGGUAUUGAACACGUCGCCAGCGGCCCUUGCGUCAGACAAGGUUCUGUGGCAGCAUAUCCAGCUGCAGCAUAUAACCGAAGAAUUUGCGAUGCAAUUAUCCGCAAAAGAGACUUCUCCUGAUCGAUCACGAGCUGUUCAGACCCAGUUGGCGCAUCGUGAGUUCAAACGGCAGCUCGACGAAUGGCGUAGAGGCGUUGCCGAUGGCUGUUGGGAUGAGGCUCUCGAAUUUGCGUAUCAUUUCUCACUCCUAUACAUAAACGAAGUGGCUUACUGCGCACCGACAAAUAAUGAUGCUACCGACAACCCGCCAUCAGUGGUUGCAACUGAGACACACGCAAUUCCCGAGUUUCUGGAAAAGACAGAUACAUCCUUCGAGUUUUCACCUCUCUGGAUAUGUCGACGCUCCGAGCCCUACCAGCGAUGUACCUGA